AUGAACGCUGUAGUAAAACGUUUAGUGAAUAAAAUCGGGAUUUUCGACAUUUUCAUCGCUUACACUCGUAAAAAUGUUAAAAGGCACAAUGCCGGUUUUCACUGCGAGCAAAAAGGUAUUGAGUACCAGGAGCGCAUGUGGAACGACGCAAACGGGGCGCCGCCGCCGUACGAUUCGGUGUAUCCGCGGACCACGGUGUAUGGCGGCGCGCGGGUGUGUCUGUGUUGUCCGUUACGACAGUCUGAGACGAUUCGAGACCGAAAACAACGAAACCCGGUGUGCACUUAUUUCCCUUAUUUCCUAAUUUUCGUCUCCGAUAAUUCAGGAAAACCGGUUGGAAAUUCGCGAUUCCGCGAAAGAAAAGAGCCGAUACCGACGACGGGCGCGCCACCGCUGCAGGUGAAAAGUCAGCAGGACGGGCACUUACGAGUCGUUAUUCGAUUUGUAUCUGCGACCAACGCGAUAAACCGUCGAUAG